AAUCUCUGCACCCACUGCCCCGGGGACAGUAUAAAACAGGUCAGAACCCUCUGCUCUGCCUGCUCAAUUCCUUCCCAGCAGCAGCUGCUCCAGAGACAAAGGCGCCAUGCAGCCCCGGGCCCUCCUCCUUGCUGCCCUCCUGGUGCUCCUGGCCUCUGCCCGAGCACAGGAGGCGGACGACUCCUCCCUCCUGGAUUUCAUGAAGGGAUACAUGCAGGAAGCCCAGGAAGCCCUGACCAGUGUAAAGGAUUUACUGGCGAUUGAGAACGGCAGCAAUUGGAUGGAGCAGCGCUUCUACUCCCUGACGGGCUUUUGGAGCACCCUCACGAACCAUCUCUCCAGCUUCUGGCCCCUGGCCCCUGGGGCUGCCCCCGGGACCACCCCGGCUCCGGCUGUUUAGGCCACCUGAGACCUCAACGCCCCACGCCUGCCUGCCCAUCCAUCCUGUCGGCUCCUUGGGUCCUGCAGCUUCCAGGGCUGCCCCCGAAGUUUGCUCAAAAGGGGAAGCAUUCUCAGUGUCCUCCCCUCCCACCCCCAGACCUGGCCCCAGGCUUGCUGUCUUCCCAAUAAAGCUGCUGUGAGUGGGG